GUAUAUGCUGUAGAGGCCAGCGACAUGGCCGAACAAACCAAACGUAUUGUAGAGGAGAAUAAUAUGGGAGAUAAAAUAGAAGUUAUCAACUCUAAAGUUGAGGAGGUAGAAUUAGAAGAAAUGGUUGAUAUUAUUGUCAGUGAGUGGAUGGGGUAUAAUUUACUAUAUGAGUCAAUGUUACAGUCUGUUUUAUAUGCAAGAGAUAAAUUUUUGAAGAAGGAUGGUUUCAUGUUUCCUGAAAAAGCCUCAUUAUAUAUAGCACCAAUUUGUGAUGAGGACUAUAUUGAUAGAUUAAAAGAAUGGAACAAUAUGAAAGAGAGGUAUAAAGUCUGUAUGAAAAGUAUGAUACCUUAUGCUCAAAAGUGUAUGGCAAGAAAUGUCCAGAUAACAUGUGUGCCUCAAGAAGCAAUUCAGUCUCAUAAAUGUGAGAUCUGUAGUCUUGAUUUACGAUCUGUAACUAUAUCAGACCUGCAAAACAUACAGUGUAGUUUUGAAAUGAAGUGUUUUGGUCAAUCUCAUAUUAAUGGAGUUGUUACAUGGUUUACAGUGGAGUUUCCUUCCGCCAUUAUAUUGUCAACUUCGCCAUACGAAGAAUCAACACAUUGGGCUCAAUCUGUUUUCCAUCUAAGUCAAUAUAUAGACGUAGAGCAAGAUAGUAUGAUACGUGGUACAAUAUCUAUUCAACCAAAUUCAAUUAGCAACAGAUUUUUGGAUGUAGUAUUGAAGUAUAGAAAAGAUAGCCAGAAAGAAACUGUUCAGAAUAUAUUAAUGGAUGACAAAUUAAUAUAGAAAUUCUGUUAAGACCAUUUUGACAUUUCAAACCUCAGCUAUGUGGUUCUUGUGUGAAUGGUAAAACAAAUUUAAAGUGAAACGUUCGUGUAAACAUAGAACUAUUUAUUUUCUAUUACAGUUCUAUGGUGUAAACGCUAUAGAACGUUCACGAUCUUUGAAAUAUUCAAAUAGACGAUGGAAUUAAUUUCAGCCUCGCAUGAAACAUUUCAAAUCGACAAGAGAUAGAU